CCUCCUUUUAUUUCCCCUUGUUUCGGCUUGGAUCGAGAGAGGGCCUUCUCUGCUGCGCUUUGCAAAUGGGAAGGACGCCUCGAAGGCUGUAGGGAGGAAGCAAGGAAGGAAGGAAGAGCAGGAAGCCUCUCCUGGAGGCCCAGGGCAAAGGAUUUGGGGGUCUGGCAAAGGUGACACCAUCAGAAAUUGGUGCUGGAGGAACAGCUGGAUUUGUGUUGCUCAGCAGUGAAAGAGUGCCAUUCCCCAAAUAUUUGUCGGUGGCAAGUGGCUGAGGACCAUCCCAUCUGCUCUAGAAGAAGAGAGGGGACCCUCUGGAAUACAGUAAACGGUGGAAGAAAUCGGUGUUGAAAAGCGGCCAAGGAUUCCCAGAGAGGCAGAAGGGCUGAAACACGAUCUGGAAAACUGGCAGAGAGGUUCUUCUGCAAGAACAGGUGAAGCCAUGUCAUCUCUGCCAGUGAAUGGAAAAGCCCCUUCCUUGACCUUCCUCCUCCUCUGGGCUUCUUACACUUAUGUGGCAAGUUGUAUAGAAGAUGCUGCUGUACCAGAGCUAAGCCCCGGGGAGUAUUUCAGCACCUUGCCAAGAUCUAAAGCAUCUUUGGUUUAUUUUCGGAAGGAGGCUUCUCCAUCGACUGAGGUGUUCUUGGAACAACUAGAAAACUCCAUAGAGGCCCUCCAAGAUUAUGGAAUUUCAGUCUUAAAGGUGAACUGCCAUAAAGAAGGAGAAGGAUUAGGUUACUGUAGGGAGGACAGUUCCUUGGGCAAAGCAUACCUGUUCAGGGGCCAUGUGCUGCUUCGUGAACUUCCUACUGAUGCCUUGUUCAGUGUGGAUGCUAUUGUUGCAAAUGUCCUCUUUGCCCUUCUCUUCAAUGAAGUGAAGUAUCUGAGGACACUGAAAGACCUCCAGAAUCUGGAAGAUUCCCUAAAGGGCCAGUCAGAUCUCGCUUUUGCUUACGUCCAAGCUAUUGGGACUGCAGAGCACAGAGUGGUGAUGGAGGCGGCUUUUGUCUAUGGUUCCGUUAAGUUUGCCUUAACUACUGAAGUGACUCUUCUGAGGAGCAUUCGCAGUGAAGAACCUGACAUCCCAUCUUCGCAGCUCUUUUUCUGCCACUGUAAGGUGAAUGCAGAUCCAUCCCAGCCAUGCCAAAGAACCCGGAUGGAGCAGCUGCUUACCACGCUGAACGUCCAUAAGUUCCUGAAGCUAAUGGGAGAACCCCUUAUGGUGGAAGUUGCUGGAGAUCCAGAAAAGAUUUCAACUGUCCACACUCACCUGGGUCUUCCUCUGAUCUUCAUUCUGACGCGAGAAGAGACAUUGGAAGCCGACAAGAGGACUGCUGAGUCAGUGGCCUGGCGUUUGUUGGGCAAAGCUGGAGUCCUCCUUUUAUCAAGAAAUUCUGUUGGCCUGAAUGUUCUUCCGCAGCAUAAUGUGGCCAUCAAGACAGCUGAAGAGGGUGUGCCUGUCCGAUACCUGGUUUUAAAAGAUACAGAUGAGAUUGUAACUUUGGUCGAAGGUGAUACACAAAGUGAACCUAUCCAGUCAUUUCAGGAGGAAUAUGAAGAGGAAGAAGAGGAAGAGGACAACGAACAAGAGAUUCAGGAUGAUCAGGUGGUGGAAUCCAUCAUCAGAGAUCGGAAACAUGAACUCUCCUUAGAAAACAUCCGCACCCUGACGGAAGAAUCUUUUGGCUCAGCGCUAACAGAGGCCAACCACACUGUGGUGCUGUUUUAUGCCAGCUGGGAAGCUGUCUCGCUGGUUGUAAUGCAUGCCUAUGCUGACGUGGCAGCCCAUCUGAAUGGGUCUCCUGAGAUCUCACUUGCUCGGGUGAACUGUUGGGACUGGCCGCAAGUCUGUGCACAACAAAACGUCACCCAGUUCCCUGCCCUCAAGGUGUUUACUAAAGAACAGAGAUGGCUGUCUUAUUCAGGGAUGUGGGAGACCCAGGAGAUGCUCAGAUUCAUAGAAGUAAGCAGAAUCUCUUGUCCAGUGAAGCUGAUGACACCUACGGAAGUAGAAGAAUAUUUAAGCUUCAAAAUCUUGCCUUACAAUCACGUUGUUGUCCUGGGACUGUUUGAUUCAAGCAUGAAGGAAGCAAGAGAAGCCUUCACUGAAGCUGCCAGAGUACUAGAGGGAUAUGUCACUACUGCGAUCUACUACGAAGAAGAUGCUGCACCUGUCUCCCAUAAAUAUAAUGUACAUCUUCCAGGGCUGCUGUUUGCUAAGCCUGAAACUCAGAAGAGGAGCAUCGUUCACCUCUCUGACUACAGUACUUCGGACAUUGUGAAAACCAUCCGCCACUUGCUUCUGGAAACGUUUCCAGAAAUCACAGUGGGAAACCUGCCGGAGUUCUUCCAGCUGGAGAAGCCUUUGCUCAUUCUGUUCAGUGAUGGGGCCCUGAGUGAAAGGAACGAAGGAGAAAUGAGGCGUUUGGCUGCAGAAGAGACCAGCACAACCUUCAUUGCCUGCUGGCUAAACCUAAAGAACACACCUGUAGGCCGAGGCAUUCUGAAAACCUAUUUCGGAAGCUCCCUUCCCCCUUUGCCACUCCUCCUCUGGAUCAGCCUCCAUUCCGGGGCCGAGGUGUUUGCUUUUCCAUCAGAUCAAUCCUUCUCUCAAGCUAAUGUCCAAACUUGGAUCAAGAAGUUGAAGUCUGGCCAAGAAAUCCCAAGUGCUGUGUUGUCUGAUGAAGACUGGAAGCCCCGCUUACCCGCCUAUGACUUCCUGAGCAAGAUGGCACCUACGCUGCCCGAAUUUACCAUUUACAGUGGGGGGAGUAUACAUAAUGGCCCAGAAGAGGAGGUGGAAGCCCUGGGAGGCAAGAAUGCUGGAGCAGCAGUGAGUAAAGAGUCCACAGAAGGAACUGCCCAAGAGGCAGAAGGGGAAAAAGAGCUGCUGGUUGGAGGAGACUUGCGAGGGACAGCUCCACGCCUGGCAGCCCGAGAGAAGCAGUCCAAGCGCCACAUGGAGUUAUGAUGCUCCCUAGGAACACACUGGAGAUAUGUACUCCUUUACAACUCCCCCACGGCUGUUUAUGUGUGGGCUGGGCCAUGUUUCAGAGCCUGAGAUCAUAAAAUCAUGAAGUUGGAAGUGACCACAAGGGCCAUCUGGUCCAACUGACUGCCAUACAGGAAUAGACAGUCAAAGCACUCCCAACAGAUGGACAUCCAAAUUCUGUUUAAAGGCCUCCAAAAAUGGAAGUCCACCUUACUCCAAGGCAACCUAUUCCACAGUCAAACAGUUCUUACAGUCAAAAAAUAUCUUCCUAAUGUUGAGGUGGAAUCUCUUUUUUGUAGUUUGCAUCUGUUGCUCUGUGUCUUGGUCUCUGGAGCAGCAGAAACCAAGCUGGCUCCAUCUUCUACAUGACCUCCCUCCAGAUAUUUAAACAUGGCUAUCACAUCACCACCCAAUUUUCUCUUAUCCAAGCUAAACAUACCCAGCUCCCUAAAUUCUUCCUCAUAAGGCUUGGUUUCCAGACCUUUCAUCCACUUGAUCACACCCACCUUUGGCUUAUGUUCCACCUUGUUAAUAUCCUUCUUGAACUGUGGUGCCCUCCAUCAGAGAUGCAUAUAAGACUGGAGGACUUGUACUCUUUUCAGGACUUGUACAGUAGUAGCUGGUCUCGGCGCAAUAGUGGGGAGUGAUGAUGCACUCACAUGAUAAGAGUGCACCUGCCCUUUUCCUUCCCGCCAGGAGCUGAGAUCAGCCUGAUCUUUAGUGUUUCUCCCACCCCUUCCCUUCCCUCUGGUAAGCAGCAGCAGCCCUUCACAGGGCUUGACACUGGUUGGGCACAGGAGCACUUAUGGUGGUGCCCAAGGGUAAGAGAAUGGCCCUGUGUGCCAAGUUAAAAAAAAGAACUUCUGUGUGUGUAGGUCACUAACUGGAUGCCAGCCAUUUUUGCAACUGUCCAGAGUAUAAGAUAUCAGAAUGCCUGUCUGGUAGGUUAGGCUUUGUUUAGAUUCUGCCACAAAAUGUUAUUUUGGGAGAUGAAAAUACUCCUUCUUGGUACAUGUGUGAAGCCCUUUAACAUGGGCUGGCAUCCUGUUGGCGACAUACCCAGGUGUAAAUUCCUCUACUUAAGUGGCUGGACAUUUUUCUCUGAUGCGGAAUGACUGUACAGUGAGUCCUUGGUAUCUGCUGGGAUUUGAUUCCAGGACUUGCCAUAAAUAUCAAAAUCUGUGGAUGCUCAAGUCCCAUUAAAUACAGUGGCAUAGUCAAUAGUGACCCUUAUAUAAAAUGGCAAAAUCAAGGUUUGCUUUUGGGAAUUUAAUUGUUUAAAACUCUUUUCAAGUCAUGGAUAGUUCAAUCCGUGGGUAAAAAAAUCCAUGGAUAUGGAACACCAACUUAUUCAGUUCAAGCUUGGUGCCAUUGCAUAAGGUAGCACAUUGCAUAUAAAUCAUAGAAUCGUAGAGUUGGAAGAGACCGCAAGGGCCAUCCAGUCCAACCUCCUGCCAUGCAGGAAAUCACAAAGCAUCCCCUACAGAUGGCCAUCCAGCCUCUGUUUAUAUACAUCAUUCUGCACCUCUUAUGUACAUUGUGCACCUAUUAUGUACAUCAUUUUGGAUAAGUGCAUAUUGGUGCACAGUGUGUGUUUCGUUUCACAAUAUUGCAUUUGUCUAAUGAAGAUUGUUGUUUGUUGUGUGCCUUCAGAUUGUUUGAUGACCUUAAGAUGAACCUAUCACAGAGGUUUUUUUGGCAGGUCUCCUCAGGAGGAGUUUACCAUUGCCAUCCUCAGAUGCUGACAGAGUGUGACUUCCCCAGGAUCAUCCGGUGAGCUUCAUGGCUGAGCAGAGAUUCGAACCCUGUUCUCCAGAGUCAUAGUCCAACACUCCAACCACUACACAAUGUUGGCUCUCAUGAGAAUUGUAAGAUAUUGCAGUUGCCAAAUGGUGGUGUGCAACUACCACAUAACUGUGGAUGUAAAGCUCAAUGAUCUGGAUUGCCUUUGAGCGCAAUGAUUUCAUGAGGAGAUUGUUCUUAAGUCCUGGUCUCAAGUUUAUCUGGAGAUAGAAUUUGGCUCUCAACAAUUGUUCAAAACUGAUUCACUCUCCUACUCACACUCUCAGAAGUGAAUGUGGAAACAGGAAGCCAAACCAAAUAAAUUGAGAUAAAAAUAGAAAGAUUGCUCUUGGCAAGAGAGGACGAAUGCCCCCGCGAGGAAAUCAUAUUAAAAUCUGGCGUUGCUGGAAGCAUAUUUUUAUAUUAUGGCUUUGCUGUGAUUCACUUCCCUCACCAGGGAGCAGUGAACUGUUUCAUCUUUGGCCAUUGUGAGUGCUGAAUAUCAACCUCUCCAGCUUCACUGGAGCCUACAUACAGGCAUUCAUUCUACUUACAUUGUUGUUGUUGCUGUGUGCCUUCAAGUCAUUUUUGAUUUGUGGCAACCCUAAAGGGUUUUUAUCACAGGAUUUUCUUGGCAAGAUUUGUUCAGAGGUUUGCCAUUGCCUUCCCCUGAAGCUGAGAGUGUGUGACUUGCCCAAGGUCAUUUAUAUACCACUUGUUAUAAUAAAAUCUGAAUCCCAGGGUGGGCAAAUCAUGUUUCCCAGGCUAUUCUUGUGGCCCCUGACCUCUCUUAAGUUCCUCAAACCACCCCUUUUCUGCCCCUGCAAGCCUCCAGGAGAAACUGUUCACUUUUUAAACAGAUUGGAGACAGCUUGGUGUAGUAGUUUGAGCGUUGAACUAUGACCCUGGAAACCAUGGUUCAAAUAAUCUAUGAAAACAAACUAGGUGACCUUAGGCAAGUCUCAUUCUCUUAGCCUCAGAGGGGAGCACUGAUAAAACCCUUUCUGAACAAAUCUUGCCAAGAAAACCCUGUGAUAGGCUUGCCUUAGUUUUGUCAUAAGUUGGAAACGACUUGAAAGCACACAUCAACAACAGCAGAGUUCUCUUGAAGUGGGCAUUUUUGAGGUCUUUGAAACUGGGUAUGUUCUAACUACAAUGAGAAUGGUUUUCUAUACUUUUAAAAGCAAAUAAGCGAGCUGAUUUGGGCUGUCCCAAAAGCGGAAGGCAAACUGGAGUGUACUUAUGUAAGUAAAGUGCAGUUAUUAGUAAUGUGAUCUCAAAUGGUUGAAAUCUGGAGGGUGGAUUUGUAUGGCCAUGUUUUGGGGAGAGAGGCGACGUGCUCACAUGCCCAUUUCCUUUAAUGUUUCCUCAAAGGUUUUGUUCUCCAUACCUGUUUCUGAUCAUCCUUGUUGCCCUUCUCUGAUGGUCUAGCCUACCUGCUUACUGUGCUGUUGGUUAAGACAAUGGUUUUCCACUGUGACCUGCAUGGAGCUGCAACAGAGACUGACUGGUUGAGAUCUAGUGGAGUGAUCCAUCCCUCUUCCAUUAACCUAUUAACUCACCUGUGCAGACUUCCUAAUCACCUAUGACAACCAGACUAAGGACUUAACUACCAAAGUUAAAACUAUGUUUGCCCUGAGUUAUGUUCCCAGUUGCAAUUGCAUGGCAUCUGCUCUCUCAAGUUCAUCUGCCCCUUCAGUGUCACAUUCACCUCCAUUCUUUUUCCCCCUUUGUGGAAAAAACAGUGGGGAACAUAAACCAUUCGUGCUUCCAAUACUGGCGGUGGGAUUCUAGGAGCUGCAGUCCAAAACAAAACAUUCUCAAGCUCUGCUAGUGAUACUACUCCUCCAGGAUCUGGAUCUGCAUCCCUGUUGGAGGACUAUAGCUAGGGUUGAUUGCUUAAAGUAAAAAGUCAGACUAGAUCCCUUGCUGUAUUUACUAGCUUGUGUAAAUCUCCUUACAUACUGGAUCCUAACUAACUCUUCUUGUUUAAAAAAUUGAUAUAAAGAAAUGGGAAAUCAUCA